AUGGCGACCGCUUCCUCUACACAAACCCCCGCGCAGCCCAAGGGCGGCGUUGGCGCCUACAAGGAACUGGCCCCCGGCCAAUUUGACAAGGAAAACGAGCUGAAGGGUACGGCCAAUUUCGCCGCAGCGACAUAUCCUCAUUAUCUGCCGGUGUGGGACAAUGAGAAAGGAGAAAAAUACCCUCCUCUCGAGCCGUUCGAGCAUUAUGAACACGGAAAAGAUGCCGACCCGUCCUUCCCCAACCUGUUGAAGGAGGGAAGCCACCUGGAAAACAUCACCGCGUCCAUCGGGGCCGAAGUGACGGGCGUCCAGCUGUCACAGUUGGACAACAAGGGCAAAGACGAGCUGGCUCUGUUGGUGGCCCAGAGAAAGGUGGUUGCCUUCCGAGACCAGGACUUCGCCUCCCUUCCCAUCGAAAAGGCGCUGGAGUUUGGCCGAUACUUUGGCCGUCUGCACAUCCACCCGACCAGUGGCGCUCCCGCCGCAUAUCCCGAAGUCCACCUGGUGCACCGCGGGGCCGACGACCACUCGUUCUUAGACUUCCUCGACAGCCGAACCAACUCGAUCGCCUGGCACAGCGACGUCACCUAUGAGAACCAGCCGCCGGGGACGACGUUCCUGUAUGCGCUCGACGUGCCCUCCGCUGGCGGCGACACUCUCUUCGUCAACCAGGCAAAGGCAUAUGAACGACUGUCUCCCGCUUUCCGCGAGCGUCUCGCCGGUCUCCAGGCCGUCCAUUCGGGAUACGAACAAGCCACGAGCGCCAUUAACAGGGGCAGCACUGUGCGGCGAAACCCCGUCUCCUCCAUCCAUCCUAUCGUGAGAACUCACCCAGCCACGGGGGAAAAGGCUCUGUUCGUCAACCCCCAGUUCACCCGCUACAUUGUCGGCUUUAAACAAGAGGAGAGCGACUAUCUCCUCAAGUUUUUGUACGACCACAUCGCCUUGAGUCAAGACCUGCAAGCCAGAGUUAGAUGGAAGCCCAACACCGUCGUCGUUUGGGACAACCGCGUGACAGCGCACUCUGCCACCAUCGACUGGGAGGAUGGCCAGCGACGACACAUUGCCCGCAUCACUCCACAGGCCGAGCGUCCCACCGAGUGA